CAACCAUGCUUGUCUCGCCAGCGUAGUCAGCAAACACUUGACACGUCGCAUCGGUGUCUCGUCUUAGAUAUCUCAACGAUGGGAUGGCUAUGGUCUACAUCUCCGCCAAAGCCGGAGCGUGAUGAAAAGCAUGAGGCUCCAGCACCAUCGCCGCCGCCUCCGCAGCACAUUGGCACAUUACCGCAGUCCAGGAUCGACGACCCAACAGCAGACCCAACCUCAUCGCGAUUCGCCCUGACCGAAGAGCAACGAAUACGGAUAUUCGGCCGUCCUUCUGUCGAGAAGACAAAUGUAUCACCUGCCGAGGGCCAACAAGCCGAUGCGGAAAUGGAAGCAUUCCUGAAUUCCCUCGCAGCUCCCGGACCCACGCCAGCGCAACCCACAGCCGUUCCCAAGGCACCUCCUCAGCCCACAGCCUCGGAACCCGAGGAGCCCGUAAACAUCGAUCGCCGCCGACCGGAUGGCUCACUAGACAUAUCCAUCGACGUGAUGCAUCCUCGGACGAUGUCCUGCGUUGAAGCCUUCGACGAACUUCUCUAUUGCCAGAACGCCUGGGCCAAGGUGAACAACACCUACCAAUUCGGCGAAUGGAGAUCCUGCGGAGAAGAGUGGGCAGCGUGGAAGUUUUGCAUGCGGGUACGCAUGCUGGCGGAAAAGGACAAGCAGCCCCAGAUCCGCGACUUCUACGCUGCGCGCCUGGCCGAGCGCAAGAAAAGGUUUGGCAGCAGUGAGGAUGUUUGGGAGGCUCGGGACACGGCCGUCGAGAAGGCUUUCUGGAAGCAUCAUGAUGAUGACACUUGAGAGCUUGAUUGAUAGGGACGGUUUCGGUGGAGCUUCAUAUCCUUGAUACUGAAUGUUCGUUACGCUUCUAUCACAGAACAAGAAAAUCGUUGCCAUAGGAUCACCAGACGAGUUUGAAGGGCCCUGGACAACUUCACAACUCUUCGGCAUGUCUCGCGAAGAGCUACACCGCUGCAAUCCAAAACCCACGACAGGGUGCCGCCAGCCAGAGUGUGCUGAUGGUUGGCAUGGUUGGGAUACUGAUGGGCAUACUGCGAAUCUAGGGGCGAACUAAGACGUUCAGCACGGCUGGACUUGAUUGCGCCCUUGCCAAUGAAGGAAUGCUGAAGCGAUCAUGUAAUUAUACUGUAUGAAGAAAUGUGACAAAUAGAAAGUCAAGAUCAUCAACAUUAAGUCUACCUAUA